UCGAGUUGUCGUCUUCCCUCCGCGCCCGCCGGGAAGUCUGAAGAAGAAGGUGCUCGCCAGGCUGCGGAGAACAGGUUGAUCUUCAGAGAUGUCUUUUGGGAGAGAUAUGGAGCUGGAACAUUUUGAUGAGCGUGAUAAAGCACAGCGAUAUGGCAGAGGGUCCCGGGUAAAUGGUUUGCCCAGCCCUACCCACAGUGCCCACUGCAGCUUUUACCGAACCCGUACUCUACAGACCCUGAGUUCUGAGAAGAAAGCCAAGAAAGUUCGUUUUUAUCGUAAUGGAGACCGGUAUUUCAAAGGGAUUGUCUAUGCCAUUUCUCCUGACCGCUUUAGAUCUUUUGAAGCUCUCCUGGCUGAUCUGACCCGAACUCUCUCUGACAAUGUGAAUCUGCCCCAGGGAGUGAGAACAAUCUACACGAUCGAUGGUUCAAAGAAGAUUUCCUCCUUGGACCAGCUAGUAGAAGGGGAAAGCUAUGUAUGUGGUUCCAUAGAACCCUUCAAGAAACUGGAGUACACGAAGAAUGUAAACCCAAACUGGUCAGUGAAUGUCAAAACCACUUCUACUUCUCGUUCAGUGCCGUCUCUUGCCACUGCUAAAGGAGGCACUCCAGAUGCAAAAGAAAAUAAGGAUUUCAUUAGGCCUAAACUAGUCACUAUCAUCAGGAGUGGAGUGAAACCACGGAAAGCAGUCCGGAUUCUGCUCAACAAGAAGACAGCACAUUCAUUUGAACAAGUUCUUACUGAUAUAACUGAUGCCAUCAAGCUGGAUUCAGGAGUGGUUAAACGGUUAUACACAUUGGAUGGAAAACAGGUGAUGUGCCUUCAGGAUUUCUUUGGUGAUGAUGACAUUUUUAUUGCAUGUGGACCAGAAAAGUUCCGUUACCAGGAUGAUUUCUUACUGGAUGAAAGUGAAUGUCGGGUGGUGAAAUCCACUUCCUAUACCAAAAUAGCUUCGACUUCACGUAGGAGCACCACCAAGAGCCCAGGCCCAUCCCGACGCAGCAAGUCUCCUGCUUCUACUAGCUCAGUGAAUGGAACCCCUGGUAGCCAGCUUUCUACUCCCCGCUCUGGGAAGUCUCCAAGCCCAUCCCCCACCAGCCCGGGAAGCCUACGGAAACAGAGGAGCUCCCAACACAGUGGCUCCUCUACCUCAUUAGCAUCCACCAAAGUUUGCAGCUCUAUGGAUGAAAAUGAUGGACCUGCAGAAGAAGUGUUGGAGGAAGGUUUCCAGGUUCCAGCAUCGAUAGCAGAACGAUAUAAAGUUGGAAGGACUAUAGGGGAUGGAAAUUUUGCUAUUGUGAAGGAGUGUAUAGAAAGAUCAACUGGUAGAGAAUAUGCACUGAAAAUAAUCAAGAAAAGUAAAUGCAGAGGGAAAGAACACAUGAUCCAGAAUGAAGUAUCUAUUUUAAGACGAGUCAAGCACCCCAAUAUUGUACUUCUGAUAGAGGAGAUGGACAUGCCAACUGAGUUGUACCUUGUGAUGGAACUUGUUAAGGGAGGAGAUCUUUUUGAUGCUAUUACUUCCACCAACAAAUACACAGAGCGAGAUGCCAGUGGGAUGCUUUACAAUCUGGCCAGUGCCAUCAAAUAUCUUCACAGCCUGAACAUUGUCCACAGAGAUAUCAAGCCAGAGAACCUACUGGUAUAUGAACACCAAGAUGGAAGCAAGUCCCUGAAGCUAGGAGACUUUGGCCUAGCAACGAUUGUGGAUGGACCUCUGUAUACUGUCUGUGGGACCCCAACAUAUGUAGCUCCAGAAAUCAUUGCUGAAACUGGAUAUGGCUUGAAGGUGGACAUCUGGGCAGCGGGUGUGAUUACUUACAUCCUGCUCUGUGGUUUUCCUCCGUUCCGUGGAAGUGGAGAUGACCAAGAAGUGCUUUUUGAUCAGAUUUUGAUGGGACAGGUGGAUUUUCCAUCUCCCUACUGGGACAAUGUUUCUGAUUCUGCAAAGGAACUUAUCACAAUGAUGCUUCAAGUAGAUGUAGAUCUACGAUUCUCAGCAUUGCAAGUUCUUGAGCAUCCAUGGGUGAAUGAUGAUGGCCUUCCAGAGAAUGAACAUCAGCUGUCAGUAGCUGGGAAGAUAAAGAAGCAUUUCAACACAGGCCCUAAACCGAACAGCACAGCGGCUGGAGUUUCUGUCAUAGCAACCACCGCUCUUGAUAAGGAGAGGCAGGUUUUCCGACGAAGACGCAACCAGGAUGUGAGGGGACGUUAUAAGGCACAGCAAGCUCCACCCGAACUCAACUCCGAAUCGGAAGACUAUUCACCAAGUUCAUCCGAGACUGUUCGCUCACCUAAUUCACCCUUUUAAUAAAACACUUCUACUCUAAAGUCUUGGCUUUAACCCUUUGAGACCCUGAAAAUCCCUCAGGCCUGUGUGAAGUAAUUACAGCUGAUCUAUCCAGCAGUAAAUGCUGGGAUGGUGGAACACAAAAGGGUGCUCACAGAAUCUUUGUAAGAAUAAUUUCCUAAUUGAUUGAAAUACUUGUUCUCUGUUUAGAUUGUAACUUGCUGCUAAUUUGAUCCUCGAAGGGUUAAGGCUAUUCUGCUUUUUUUGUUUUUUUAAUUUAAAGAUAGAAGCAGUGAAUGUUUUCAUCAGUGAAGCUAGGAACUGCAGUAUGUAAUUUUAGCACAUGUUAACCCUCUGAGUAAACGAUCAGCUUAAAUCUUGACAACACACGUUAGGGCUUUAUUCCAGCUCUGUUGCUUUUAUACGCACAUAUCUUUUAUAGCACCCUAAAGUUCCUUGCCUGUUUCUGGCCAAAACAAUACCAAACACACUAUUGCUUAGGGGUUACAAAUAUAAGCUUUAAAAAUUAAAAUGAAAUUAAGCAAACAGUAUGUUCCACAGCAGCUCUUUCUAAACCUGCAUUAUACUUGCACAGGAAGUAGCUGUUGUUGGAGGAUAUAAUGCAGGCUAAAUGGGAAAUUCAGUUUAGGGCAACCUCAUAGUUUACAGAAGAUGACAUGAUGAUGGCCACAAAAGGUUGCUUCCAUAUCAUUUGCUGCUAAUAACAAUGCAGAGUCUUGGGAAAUGGCUUGAGGACAUGUUCUGUCAUGUAAUGGUAUGUAAUGAUCUAGUUGAGAAGUUACUGGUUCCUUUGUCUCACGUUCAGAAAUGUACAGGCAUCCUGUCAUGUACAGGCAACCAGUCAUGACCUGGUUAUUCCAGGAGAGUUGCUUUUAAAGAUUGAUGUGGAUGAGAAUUACCCUUAAAAUAAGUAGAGUACUUUUAAAUCGGGGGAAAUAUGAGUUAUUAAAUAUAUGUAAAGCCUAAACUGAAUUAGCAAAAGCAUUGUCUUAGAAUGGAGAAACUAAAAAUGAUUCACCGCUUCCAUUUGUAAUAUUUAAUAAAAUGGGCAUUUACACAGAGUAUACAUAUUUCUGGUUUAUUAGAAUCUCAACACAGCAUUAUAGCAUUUGAUUCAACCACUACCCUAAAGUUAGCUUUCACAGAAAUAUUACACUUUGCAGACUUCUGCUUCAUCUGUGAUGAUUUGGAAGAAAAAAUACUCUAAAAUCACUCAGAAAUUCACUUUGAUGAAAAAGACAAUUUCCAAAGUCUAUUCUAAAAUAAAAAAUAACAUUAUUAAAUUUAUACUUUCCUCUUAUUAGUCAUAUAAAAGGGCAAUUUUCGUCUCUAAAGUUAAAAUUUUCUUACAGUGUUUUUAAAAGGUCACAUAAAUGUGUUCCUUCUCUCUCCUUGCCCUUUUUUCUCUCUUUCUUUCUCCCUUUUCCUACCAUACCAUAUAAGUAGAAAUAUUAAUACACUGCCCAAAAAAAUACAUAAACUUUUCUGAUCUUGCUGGGAAGUGCAACUGAAUUUUGGAGGAGAGGGCAAGUAGCCCACAAUGCCAUUUCCAUUCUGAGUUGUGUUUUGUCAUGGAACCAUCCCUGCGAGUAGUUGUGACAGUGAAUGUGUGUGUACCUAUAGCUUGUUGCAGGGAGUGUAAUGCUCCUUUGCAUUCUAGUUGGAAUUAUCAGUUCAACUGUAUUUCAAGAAACAUUGACAUUCUUUCAUUUCUCCAUCCUUUGAAGUACAUCUUUUGUUGCUUCAGUCAUGAAAAUGUAUGUAUUACAUGCUCUGAAGCUUUCAAAUACAGAAAUUUAAUCUUGUGCAUCUUCACACAAGUGGUAAAAGUAUUUCAUAGAGAACACUUUUGAAUUCAGCCAGUGAUAAUAACCUACAAGGACAACAUUUAUUCAACGUGAGAUGUCCAGACCAGAUGAGCAUUCCCAGGUUUGAUUCAUCUCACCUGCCAUGGACACAUGUUUUAGGUGGCACUCUUGAUUCAGCUAUUGCUCUCACUCCAUUGGCUGUUGAAGGAACUGCUGAUGGAAGCUUAAAUCAGACACCAAACAUCAAAUUAUAGUGUAGUCCAGUGAAUGUCAGCCUAAGCCAUUAGGAGAUUCUGUCCAAAGGCAGAAGGUCUGUGCAUGACCUCAGUUACUCUGUCUGGAACCUGAGUAAAACAACUUAUCCUAAGUGAAGCAGAUUGGUGUCUUGGAGAACUCCACAGGGGCAAGAGGUGAAGGAAUAAAGGAACUCCCAUUAAAAAGUUCUCAACUUUGAGCUUUCGAGAAAAGAUUGUGUCUGUGGUAGAUCCUUGACUGUGCCUAUCCAACCCUACAGUUAUUGUGGAGAGAAGUCAUUGGUAGACAGUGCACAGCUGCUGCCAUUGUGGUGCUAGUGGUUGUAGCUUGACAGGACAGAGAUUAUUUUUUACCACAAACUUCAGCCAAAGUAAAACCUCCCUUGGCAAUGAGGUUCAUCAAUUUGCAGUAGGUUAGGAUCUAGCACAUUUUCCCAGCAUUGACCUUCCCAUGUUGUAUCACGGUCUUCAAUUCAGAAGAGAUAGAACUCAGCCAUGUAAAUGCAAAACAUACAUUUGGUAGUAAAAAAGUGUCAGUUAAUACCACACACUUCUUGAGUAUUGGGAAGGUUUGUCAUUGUUAAGUCAAAGGCCAAUGGUCAUUUUUCUUAAUCACAGAAGUCAAGAAAAAGAAAAACAAAAGUAGCUUCACCUCGUGCAUGAUAAGUACUAUUCGAAAAGACCCCCUUGGAAUUUUCCUAUCACCUUUGCUUCACUUUGUCUUGGAAUGUUUGGCUCCUUCAUCUUGCACCAUCCUAUACCACUUAAAAUGUACAUUAAAAUAGCCCUACAUCCUGAAAACCCUACUCAUCCUCAAAGUCUUACAUGUUUGUGAUCUCUGAUUCGUGUUUUAUGAAUGUAACUACUUUUUUAUUAUUAUUUUUAGGUGCAUGACGAAUUAGAUUUAAAAUUGCUGAUAGCUUCUUUUUAAGCUUCAAUGAAAGGUAGCUGAAUAUUUAAACUGUUUUAAAACAGUUUGCAAUGAUGGUUUUAAAUAUAUCCAUACAUAGUUUUUAAAUAUAACCACAUAUAUAUACAUAUAUAUAUAUGUAUAUACAUAUAUGAUCUCAUUAUAUUAAUAACGGUUCAGGCUUGUUUGGCAAUGAGUAUCUUUUUUCUUGUCUAACCUCUGAAUUCCUGGGGGCAAAUGAAGACAGAAUAUGUGGCCCCACCUCUGAAAAAAGCCAAAUCAAAGAUGACAAGAGUAUUUCUAAUGUGAUAAUCCGGGAGAGCAGGUAGCACACUCUGGUCAUUUGACUGUAAUACGUACCAGUCCUCCUGACUUCUUUCAUCAUUUCCCUUUUGAAUCAUUGCAUCAUACUGGUGCUAAAUGUGACAAAGAUAGUUUUUUAAUGCUUGUUACAUAUACAAGGCCAACUUCCUCUGACCAAGCCUGUAUAGUCAGCUAAGAUGGAUGAGAGUCAUGGUAGGCACUGUUUAUCACCAAGGAGAUGAAGAGGAGCACUUCUGAAGGGUGAUCCAGGUCAUCUAAUAUUUGGUCUCUGGAGAUGCCUGUCAGUCUGAUCUUAGUAAUAACAGGAAAGCAGAAACAGGGUCACUUCCAGCUUAAUUCCCCUCAACUAAAGGCAAGUGGGAGUAACAGGGACUCCAACCUAAGUGCAAUAUUCUAGCAAGCUUACAUGCAGUAAGCAAACUUUGAUGUGAAAAUGUAGUUCUGAUAGAUGAUAGCGUAGGAUUAGUUAAAUGAUUUUGGGCUGGGUAUUAUCUUACCUAGAUGUAUUAAUCUUAGAGGUAAGCAUAGAAUCAAAGGCAAUCAUCUAAACCUUCCUUAUACUUGCUAGAGACUGGCUUCUCUAGUGGAUAAUAAAAGUUCUAGGAUGGCUGAAUUGCUCCCUAGAAGAGGUGCCUAGCCCAAAUAUAUUUAGAACGUGAUUUAUUAAUUCAUGGCAUAUAAAUUAAUAUUUCUGUAAUUUACAAUUUACUGUGUACAAAAAAAUCCCAAAUACUAUGGUUCUACUCAGAGGGUUAACAGAAAAGCACUAGGCAUGCUGAUUACAUUGGUGUAUCCAAACUGCUUUGCUUUUUUAGCCAGUGUUUGCUGAUUUUUUUCAAAAAAAAAAAAAGAAAAAAAACUUGAAGAUUUUCAAGUUUGAAAUAAUUUAAGUGUUGUUGUUUAAGGAAUUUCUAUAACCAAAUUUAUCUUAUUUUUUGCUUAACUUAUCACAGGAAUAAUAUGUAUCAUUGAUGCAGUGUAAGUCUGUAGUUAUCAAUUUUAUUAAUUCCACAAGUGAUUCCAGAAAUCUCUCUUUUUUUAAGUACUUACUAUAGAUCUUACAAUGGUGGCAUAGGUGACUGAGACUGUCUUUCUUAUUGGUAAACAAACAAUAUUGUAAUUUCAAGGAAGUCCUAAGAAUCAGCUUUUCAGUUUGAUAGUGUACUAGUUAGGGGAAAACUAUCUCAUGACAUGCAUUGUGUAAAUCAUCUUUGUAGAUGAAGAUUGUUCAUAUUAAUGAACACAUUCUUUUUCCUUGACAUUGUAGCAGAAACUGUUUACUUGUUAAUGAACAACCAAUACAUAAAUUUGCUUCAGACUGUUAGAGGGGGAAGUGAGAUUCCAGUCAUUGACAAUGUUAUUGCUUUACAGUAGCCCUCAUCUAAUUUAAAUGUGGUGCAUACUACAAUAAGCAAAGCCAAACCUGUGAAUAAACUCCUGAAAAAGU